AUGUCGGGGAACGAUCAGUCCCAGCUUCCGCCCGAGGGUCGAAAUGAUGGGACGAAUCCGCAGAACAAUCUCGACCUGGGUCUGAUUGAUCCCGCCUUGCUUGAUCCUGCUCUUAUUGAUCCUGCCUUGAUUGAUCCUGCCUUGAUGGAUCCCAACUUGGGUUUUGGUAUAAACCCUCAGCAGUUGCCACCAUCUCGACCUCUUGCCGUUCCGUCGCAAAUACCAGCUCCUGCUCCUGCUCUUGCCCCCGCCGCUAGACGUCUCCCCGGUUCAUCUUACCCACAUGGAAGCCUUUAUCCAGAUUUUGGUCUCUCAAACUCUGAUGCCUCAACCCCUUCAACACCAGCUUUCACUCCUUCGACAACUGCUACUCCGACUGAUACAGGGUCUGCCAACACUGGCUCGACUAAGGGUACCAAAAGAGGUCGAGCUUCGCCAACCGACGGCAGCGCACCCCCCAAGAGGAUUCGAAGGAACCCCCGAAGAUCAUCGGCUGUAGGAGGAGGUGCAGACAUAAAUGAUGAUGAUGAUGAUGAUGGCCCAGAGGCCACUGCCAAACCCGUCGCCAAAGGGACAAGAGCUGCUGCCAGGAGGAUCCAGGUCAGGAAGCACCGGCCACUACACGCUGGCGAAGCUGAUGAGGUUGCUGAGUCUAUGUUACGUCUUAAACCCAGACCCAAAAAAGGGGCCAAAGCCGCUAAAGACGCAGAAGAGGGUGAAAACGACAACGACAGCUCGGUUUAUGGGCGAGGAAAUGCAGAAAUCGUCACUGCAGGAACAAUUUGCGACUUCUGUGCCAACCAUCCUACCGGCAAGCAGAUGUAUGCUCUGAACCAGAUAUGCGACUGGAAACAGAUUCCCAAUACAGGCGCCGGUGUGUAUAAUCUGGAGUGCGGUAACUGCGCCAACUAUCGAUCUCGUAACCGUCAGCCCAACGAGUUCGCCAACAAGGAUGAUCACUUGUGUCGUGUCCCAGGUCCCGUGACGGCUUUGAUUGACUUCAACCAUAAGAAGUACGGCGAUGCUGAUUCCAGGACCUACGCGCACAGAGCAUGCAAAUUGUGUAAUAGUAAGAAGUUCUACGACACCUGCGAUGUAGACACAACACUUGGUUACUUCUGCACUCGCUGUCGGCGUGACCAAACCUGUACUAUCGGCAAGAUCCCACAGCCCAUGAAGCGCCCCAUCAAACUUACACGGCCGCCGUGGUAUCGACAUGCCUGUGACCGUUGUCUCAUGCGCCACAAGAGGUUCGAGGCCAUGCCGCAAGACGACUGUUGCAGCUGGCUCACUGAUAGGAGCCAGUGGGAGCAGGGCUCGGGGUGCAAUCGAUGUUUCUUGGACGGUGCGAUAUGCCUGGACUCAGAGAUCAUAGUCGCGGAGCCUACUUAUCAACCUGUUCCAUCAACCUGGCGUAUCCGUCCAAGGUUUGAAGUGGAAGAAACAGAGAAGAGGAAGGACAAGAAAGCAAAGUGGCACGAGUAUGUUGAGGUCACAAAGCAAACGAAAUGGCGCAGGAAAUGCCAGUGCUGCGAAUCAGCUGGAAAAACAAUCCCGUGUCUCAUCAUGUGGACACAGCCGUAUCACGCAUGUGAGCGCUGUACGCAAUUCGGUAUCGAGUGCGCAGCUUUUGAUCGCAGCAGCAAGACUUUCAACCGGUAUCCCAUAUAUGACCUGAGCAGGGUGGGUUUCGGUCACUUUACCCCUUAUACCGUUUGCGAUCCCUGCGCAAAAAAAGGACGGAAGUGUGACCGACAGAGACCUUGUGAUUCUUGCACUCAUUCCAAGGAAGACAAAUGCGACGCUAUGCACAAGGACAUCACCCAUGGCUGUGUUGCUCGCAACAGAUCGGCCGCCAAUGACAAUCUCAACAAUCCCCAAAACCCUGGUCCUUUAUACUAUCUGGCACUGGGUUACGGCCCAGGAGGCGUCGACAGUAUCAAGGAUGGACGAAGCCCUGAACACUGGAUUGGUCCUGUUGCUCCUGUAUACGGUAUCGUGGAGCAAAAUCAAAGUAACCAACACUAUCGAGCCAUUGUGGAACUACAUCGAGAACACCGUCCACCACAGGGCGUAAUGCCGCCGAACGGGACUGAUCUCGGUGCCCUUGCCAACACGAAACCCAGAGAAUUGACAACUGACCAGUUGGGGGAUAUGAUCACUCGGCUCUGGGAAAACCAUAAGGUUCCGGUCAGUGAUAUGGCUGCGUAUCGGAAGAUCUGGGACCAACUGCGUGACGCCCAGACGGACAAGAUGAAAGAAGCUGGAGUUGACACCUUGCCGCACAUGAAUCAUUGGGCAAGGGGCUUUCAAGGAAAUCCCGUGCUCAUUGACGUGGAGUAUAUGCACCUUGGUCUGUCUGCAGGCGCUCCAAAUGCAAUUGGUCAACUCCAAGACGUUGACUUACAGCCUCUUGACCAGCAACCUAACUUCGACUACCAAUUCCAGUAUCAGCCCUUUGGGGAUGAAGACUUAUAUAGCGCUAAUGACCUGAUUAUCCAUAUGCCUGGCGAACAGUCCGGCAACAAUGCACCGCAGCAACAAGGAAACGUCAACCAGCAGGCCAACAAUCUCAUGGGUGCGGCAGAUUUCAUCCAAGCGAGUGAGCAGGAGGCCCCGGCCCCAGACGUUGAUAUCACCCAAUUGGGCCAAGACGAAGUGAGAGCACUUUUCGGCAUUGAUGAAGUAUCUCAUGAACGAUCCCUCGCAACUCAAAAGCAGCGCUGGCCUCUGCCUGCAACCUCUGGUAUCGACAAGCCAGACCGCGAAGGAACAGCCUUUUGGAACAGAGUCCCCGUGGAUCCCAACGCCAAGAAGGCCUUCAACCCAUUCCUCGGCUUCGUCCUGGACCAGAAUCAGAAGCCGCGCUUCAAGGUAAAUUCAAGGAGCUCGCGCUGGAAGACGUUCAAUCCCCUCGAAGAUCUCAAUAUGGAUGAGUGGCAGCGUUCAACAAACAACCCGGCUCAAGAACUUUCUCAGCCGCAUCUAUUCUCUGUCAUCAACGGCCAAGCCAACCAGCCUGUGCCAUGGCGUGAUGUCUUGGGUGAUGUGCCCUACAAACAUAGGGGUGAGAGAACAGAGCAUUGUUGUGCUGAGCCAGGUGAGGGUGGAAUCGGGUAUUGUGGCUCCUGGAACAUCAAUGAGCAGGAUCAAGCCACUUGCCAGAGUCUUGCCCAUCGCAAUACAGUGCCUGGCUACCUUCCCAUUUGCAACGAUUGUACCCAGGGUAACGUCAGAGACCUCUUCCGUCAUGAGUACAAUCCUAUCACCGAGAGCGAAAUCCUCAGCAUGCGCGCUUAUCUCUGCAACGACUGUGCUGGCCACAUGAGUAAUAGCGCUCAGAAUGCAGGUCAGUACAGGGUCAUCGGUGCUCGUCGAAUAUACGGUGUAGUGGCAGACAAGGAGCGUCCCCAGACCACAUACAAGCUUGAGAAUGACCCAUUGAGUGUCGUCGAGUUCCAAAACGACACAGAGGCCCUUACAGGCUGUUCAUGCGCCAACAGAAUGCUUGGAACGUCACUCUGCCGCUUCCACAGACUCUACUAUGCGGAGGAAGCACUAAAGAACUCGGCCAUGAUUCAAGAAUGGCGGCUUUCGCACUUCAAGAAGGCAGUGUGUCCCAGCUGUCUUGCCCAAAAGCCUCUCGAGCAAGUCAAUCUAUCGGCAGACUUUGGCGGCUUUUUGUCAGACGCCCCCACAGCAUGGGCAUGCGUGAACUGUAACGACUGGGUAGCGAACGAGAAGAACGGCGAGGGUAAUCAACCAGGAGUUAUUGAUAAGGCGUUGUGGAAUUUGAACAUUGGGCGUGAGCUUCUCGGCCCGCGUCAAGGAAUGGUGCCAGGCAGGAUUUAUGCGGCGGAGGAUGUCGAGAUGAUGGAUGGCUGA